AUGAGUGUGAAAACCAUCUACAACUUUCGGGUGAAUGGGGCCGAUGGCAAGCCGUACGACCUCUUGCAGCACAAGGGGCACCCGCUGAUGAUCUACAAUGUGGCCAGUAAGUGCGGCUACACGAAGGGCGGCUACGAGACGGCGACGACGCUCUACAACAAGUACAAGGGCCAGGGCUUUACAGUGUUGGCGUUUCCGUGCAAUCAAUUUGGCGGGCAGGAGCCGGGGACGGCGCAGGAGGUGAAGGAGUUUGUUUGCACACGCUUUAAGGCGGAGUUCCCCAUCAUGGCGAAGAUUGACGUGAAUGGUGGCAAGGCCCAUCCGCUGUAUGAGUUUAUGAAGGAGGUGAAACCUGGUAUCUUUGGCACCAAGGCCAUCAAGUGGAACUUCACCUCGUUCCUCAUUGAUAAGAAUGGUGUGCCCGUGGUGCGGUUUUCACCCGGUGCGUCGGUGGAUCAAAUUGAGAAGGAACUUGUGCCACUUCUUCAGGCCAGCAGCUGA